CUUUUGCAUGUUUUUGGGAGAGCAUAAAAAGCAGGUGAACCAAAAGAGCUGGCAGCUGGAGCGUGCGGGAGAGGAGGCUGACCCCACGGACAGAAAAAUCCCAGAUUGUCUCAGGAAUACUAAAUCAUACCAUACACCAAUUAGACGUGACUUUCUGAGCUCAGCAACUGCGGUGGUGGGGAUGGAUUGGUGGAACAGUCUGGAGAGGCAGUUUGCAGACAAUCCCUGAUGCUCACGAUGCCCAGAAGCAAAGCCAAGAACACCGCUCACAAGCCACAGAUCAAGAAUCAUCUACUCACAAUGGCUUCCGAAGAAAUACUAAAGCUGCCAGCUGCCAACGAAACUGUGGUGGACCAAGAUAUGCUGGACUGGUUUGCUGAGUUAUUUGAUUCAGCAUCAAUGAAACCACAUUUAAAGCCUUCAAUAGCAUCUGCAGAUGAUGUCCCCAGAGGUAUAGAACCACGUAAUUAUUACCUUCGAGACAUUGAUCAUAAGAGCAUUUAUCUACAGGACAAGAACCUGGUAGCAGCCCCCCUGCAAGGUGACAAUUCUGCUCAAGAAGAGACCCUCAGUGUGCUUCCCAAUAGGUUCCUGGAUCGCCAGAAGAUCCCUCUGAUCCUGGGGGUCAAAGGGGGCAGCCAGGGCAUCUCGUGUGGUAAAGAGGAAGAGCCCAAACUGCAACUGGAGGACACAAACCUCAUGGAUGUUUUUAUCAAUGACAAGGAGGCCAAACGGUUUACCUUCUUCAAGUCUUACAACGGCACCACCCACAUGUUUGAAUCAGCCGUCCACCCUGGAUGGUACCUUUCCUCCCCAGUUGAGGCCCACAAGCCCCUCACACUCACCAAUCACCUGGGAGAAACUGCCAUCACUGACUUUUAUUUCCACAAUAAAUAACCCAGGGAACUGGUACUGGCUGAGGGGUACUUGGCAGCUAUUCCAAAGCGAUCAGGAAUUCUGUUCCACAAAUCUGGCAAGGGGUCAGGAAUACCAUCCCAAGCAAUCGGAUAACUAUAGUUGUCUCUUGUAGAUUAUCCUUGGCUGUGUUUUCAACAUGGGGGGGGGGGCAGAUGUGGAAAGCAUGGCCUGAGAGCAACGAAUGUUUCAGGGACACCUCUGUGCUUAUAGGAGUCUCAGUUGUAAAGCAUGAGGCCUACCCUUGGCAAGGGGCACAGCGACAGUUUGAGAAGAGUGGGUGGGAAUCCUGGGAUCAGUUUCUUUUAAAACAGUCUUAUUGUGCUGUCCUUAGUUUUAUAAUUUAAACAAUGUUUAUAUAAUUAUUUUUCACUGUGCCAUUUGGGGAUUUGUUGUUGUUGUUGUUGUUGUUGUAAUUGUUACUCACUCUGACAGGAACUGGGUUGGGAGAACCAAAUGUGGACAUGAAUUGCAAAUUGAUAUCCUGCACCCAACUGCCCAGUGAGCCGGCACUUUCGUGAACCCAUCUUAUGGCACUGACUGCAUCUGAAAUGAUGCCACUUUUGCAUAUGUACUUUCUAAAGCUCUCUUGCCUGGGUUAGAGGGGGUCGCUUUGCUCUAUGUGCUUUCCUAUGGUUGCAGGAUAGUUUAUGUUUUGGCAUGUAUCCAUGGAUUUGGGUAGGUUUGUGCUGUGGGUUUCAGUGCAGCCUUAGUAUUUAUUACGUUCUUGUGUUUUAUUGUGUCAUGGGAAUUUGCCCUGAGAAACUUCAGCC